GAAACAAGUAUUAUUUGCCUCCUGCAUGUUUUUCCAUGAACAAUAGAGAGAAAAGUCUAUUCUGCACACUUCUAAAGAAUAUCAAAGUUCCAGAUGGUUACGCAUCCAAUAUUUCUCGUCGGGUUAACCUCAAACAGCGUAGCAUAUCUGGACUGAAAAGUCAUGAUAACAAUAUACUCAUGCAACAAAUACUUCCAAUAGUAGUGAGAAAUUUGUUACCGAAGAAAGUGGUUGAACCAUUAAUUGAGUUAAGCAAUUUCUUCAGGCAGUUGUGUUUCAAAACCCUAGAGGUGGAUGGUCUAAAUCGUCUUCAGUCCCAAAUCGCUCUUACACUUUGCCAUCUUGAGAGAAUUUUUCCUCCAUUAUUUUUCGAUAUAAUGGAGCACUUACCCAUUCACCUAGCAGAGGAAGCGAAGAUUGCCGGUCUAGUGCAAUAUCGAUGGAUGUACUUUAUAGAAAGGUGUGUAAUUCUACUCCAAUAUCCAUUUUGUAUAUAUUUGGUUGUUUAUACUUGGAAGUCAUGUAUGUAUCUUUUUGUUUAUAGGUACCUUAUGACGCUUAAAUCAUACAUGCGUAAUCAAAGUCAUCCUGAAGGUUCAAUUGCACAGGGAUACUUGGUCGAAGAAUGUAUGACAUUUUGCUCAAGGUACUUGCAUGAUGUUGAGUCGAAAUUGCAUCAACCGUUAAGGAAUUGCGAUGUUAAUGACAAUCCUGAGAUAUUAAUGGGGCGGGCUUUAGGAAAAGGAAAAGGUUUUGUUCUUGAUAACACAACAUGGGUACAGGCUCAUCGGUAUAUGUUAUUUAACAUUGCUGCGGUUGUCCCAUAUCGAGAGGAACAUCGUGAAUUUAUUAAGCGGUCACAUCGUCAUCUCAGAGAUUAUGAUGUGGAUCGUCGUCACAACGAUGAGUUUCCCAAAUGGUUCAAUUCUCAUAUAUUAUCUAUGAGUUCUAGCUUCGACCAUUCUUCUAGUGAAAGUGAGCAAUCAAGCUCUAGUAGUUCUAAUUCAGAUGAGACUCAGAACACACUCAAGAUGAAAGUCAUACCCGAUCCACCGGCAUCAUGGCAUCCACCAGACAGUCUUCCUACCACAUCACGUAGCGGUAGUACAUCACAUGGCUCUGUUUCAGCUGGUCCUAGCUCAAGUCAAGCCACACAAAAGCAGACAAGGGGUCCCACAUAUGUGCAUGGUCAAUAGGGUACUAGUGAUGAUGGCAUUUUAAAAGUUGUUCCAAACGAGUUGAAUCAAGUAGUUGAAGGACAUACAUCCCUUGCUUCACAUUUGGGCGUUUUGGCACGAGAUGGGAGUCUUGCACCACUCACUUUUACGACUUGGCAUUAUGUUCCAAAACAAAACAAAGAUAACAUAUGGAGGGAGAUAAAGGCUCAUACGGAUGCAGAUGAAUCCAUGAAGAGAACAAUAAUGGCUUCAUUUGGAAAGAAAUGGAGAGAUUGGAAAAGUCGAGUGAAAACAAUGGGAUACAAACCCUUCAAGAAUGAUGCAGAAAGGUUGGCUCAUCGACCAGAUAGAGUACAUGAGGAUCAGUGGCGGGCUUUGGUCUACUAUUGGGGCACUCAGAGUGCAUCGAAAUCAAGCAAGAAGAAUAGAAAAAUCCGGAAGAAGAAGACAUUACAUCAUAGGACAGGCCGAAAGCCUUUCUCAGUAGUUCGACUGGAGG